UAAACAGCAAAGAAACUUUGGCUUCAUAUAUGCUGAUUGCCUUGUCUGAAGGAAACUGGAAAAAGAAUGAAGAUGUGGAAGCUGCAAUGAAGAAAACUCAAACUUAUUUGGAAUCCAGAAUUGAAUCAGUUCGAGAUGUUUACACUCUGUCUAUCAUGGGAUAUGCUUUUUCUCUUGUUGAAAGCAUGGAAGCUCCAAUGAUAUUGAACAUCAUUGAUAGCAUGUCAACUGUAAAAGCCAACAUGAAAUACUGGGUGAAAAAGACAACUGGAAUGUCAAAAUGUGAAGCAAGGAGAGAAUAUUGUCCGAUGGAUGAUGAUAAACCAAGCACAGCGUCUAUUGAAACUACAGCGUACGUUCUGUUGACUUAUGUAAAGAUGGGACGAGAAGACAUCAUGCCCAUUGUUAGAUGGCUCGUUGAACAACGUGGUGCAUUCGGAGGAUACCAUUCCACACAGGAUACUGUUAUGGCAAUCCAAGCUCUUUCAACAGUAGCUGGAUUAUUCUCUGAACGUACAAUGAAUCUUGAUAUCAAAGUAACUCACAGCGGAGAUGAAAAUUUCGAGGAAACUUUCCAACUCUCGGACAGCAAUCAAAUCGUAUUGCAAAUGGCUCAGCUUCCUGCUGUAACAGGAGACGUUAUGAUUGAAGCCAGCGGUCAAGGAUUAGGUGACGUGCAAGUCACUGUUUGGUAUAACCUGCCUGUCGGUCCAAGAAGCGACGACACGUUUCUUUUAAACGUCAAUGUUCAAGAACAAUACCAGGAAGAAUUUGUCAGGUUACAAGUUUGUUCCAGAAUCAAUUAUGAUCGAAAAGAAAUUGUCGAUGGCACUGGAAUGUUUGUGAUAACAACAGCGCUACCUAGUGGACACACAAUCGACGAUAAAGAAGCAACGAGACAAAAUGAAAUGAAACUUGUCGAACUUGAUGGAGAUCGAAUCACAGGAUAUUUUGAUGAGCUCCGUAGGGGCGAACUGAAUUGUAUGUAUUUGGAGUUUCGUCGAUAUGCUGAAGUGACUGGAGUGAAACCACAAAUAAUGGAAGUCUAUGAUUAUUAUGAACCAGCUAAAAGAACAGCAGUUAUGUACUCACUCCCAGAAGCAGAAGGUGGCAAUGUCUGUGCAAUGUGUGGAGAAGCAUGUGUUGGAUGCCCACCAAAAUCAAAAUCGAAGCCAAUUGUUCAAGGAGAAAUUGAUGGAGAAUCAUAUUGUCAAGAUAUUAAAUUCCCUUGUCCAGAUUUCAGUGAUGGUCUCUACUAUGACACCGGUUCCCAUAUCUACAAAAUGAUGAUGAAAUAUUCCAGUGAUUCACAAUGUGCUGCACCAAAUAAUGCUGAAAACUCACAAGCGUAUAUAGGACUUCCGGGAACUCUUUUCAAUGGAGUCAACCAGUACAUUGAAUGUGGAAGGACAGACUAUUUUGAAAAAAUGCUUUCUAACAGCGAAGGAUUUACUAUUUCAAUCUUAGUUUUUCCAACUGAGCUCAAUAAACCAAAGUUAUAUGCUAUAUACUCAAUUGCAUCAGAAAAAGGAAAGCUGCCAAUCGUUAUAUUUGCAAAACGACCAAGAGUUGAUCAAUAUUGGCUCAAGAUAAGGCUUAAUGGAUAUGAGUACAUGGUCCGAUCCCUCUAUACUUACGAUAUCCCACUCGACAAAUGGACUUUGAUAACGGCAAGACUGAAUGGAGAAGCGAGUGCUGAUGUGUUUAUUAAUGGAAUAAAGAUGGGAAAGAGCUUCAGGAAGAAGCAAACCAACCAAAUGAUGGAAUCUGAUGUCACACUCAGGAUAGGAAGAUCUCACAUGGGAGGAAGGAGAAAUAGAGGUAACUGGAAAGGACUUGUUUCAUCUUUGGACAUGUGGUCCAAACCCUUGACUGACCAGCAGAUAAUGGAGCUCUACAAUUAUUAUGGCCCAGUUAUGUCCUCAUCGAACCCCAUGCUCAGCAAAUCCCAUGUCCAUCAUGUGGUACCUAUGUCACUCCGCCACUGCUUUACGACACCAUAUGGAGCAUCUUAUCUGAAGAGUAGAAGUGGUCAACUCCGUACUAGCUGCGAUGAACCGAACGGAGAUGGCAGAGACCUGAGCUUUUGGAGGUUCUACGAGCCGGACGAAUGAUGCCAUAAGCGAACCUGAUCACAAAGAUAAAAUAACGACAACUUGGACAUUGCAGUACAUUUUAUUUUGAAUUUUCAACACGAAAAUGAAUAAAAAAUUUGAACAACCAAGCCGACAAUACACAACCUUUUUAAACACUUCUAACCGAAUAAAAUUUUACAAAGCAAUAUUGGUUAUAUAUAAUCUUAAUUCAUUACUUACAUUAAUUCCUCAUACAUUACUUCAAAUGAGAAAGAUUUUGAUUCGGUAUCGCUACCUCCUUUCAAUACCAGAGCAAUUUUAUUUUACAUUUAUUUUCGCAUUGACGACUGCUUGUAUUUUGAUUAAAAAAAAUAUAUAUAUAUAUCUAUCUCUCGCUCUCAUAAAUUUUGAGUAAGUUUUAAUCGAUAUUUUCUGUAUUAUGAAUCUUUAGUUAAAGUUGUACUUCGAAAACAUUAAUUAUUUGUCAAAUGUUUAAAAUUUUUCAAAUGGAGGGGAAAAAUGAACCGACAGCUCACUUAUGAACCAGGUUGGAUUGGUGUAAUUCUCUUCUUUUUUCCGUAUAUUUUUACUGAAAAAUUGAAAUCCGCUUACCUAGUCUGGCGGGCCAUGUGAGUGUCACGUAAAAAGCUACAUUUUAUGAACAAUAUUUACAGUGUUACAAAGAAAAUGUGGAAAACAAUAAGCCUCGUGCCAAAACUAAAUUCAACCACAAUCUCAACAAAAAUCUUUGAGCUAUUUUUAGCUAAAACAUCAAAAAUUCUGGUUUCAGUUUGGUUGUAGUAGCAUCAAGCGUGCCAGAUUGAAUUAACCAACGGGCCGGAUUUGGCCCAUGUCUUCUCUAGAUGAUUGAAAUAUGUUAUUGGAUGAUUUCAUCAAAGCUUUUAUCAUGUAUAACGUACUGAUUAAAUAAAAAUGCAAACAAAAUGUACGACUAUAAUUAGGAAGCCAGAUUUUGAUAUUCAUUGCCAAGUUUAUUUUUAUUUUCAGGCUGUAAAAAUAGCCUACGGAAUUAAAAUAAAUAAGAUUGAACACACAAUUUUACAAGGCAAGGAAAGUCACUGAAACAAAAGCUGGCUCUGAUAUAUCAUUAUAAUUUAGAAGGUAGAUAGGAAGAUAAUUAUUACUUAGAUUAUUAUUAAAUAUUUAAAACGAAAUAAGCAGGGCGGAAGUUCUGGCAAGUUUCCAAAACUAAGUUUAUAAUAAUUUCAUUUCGACUCGACAUUACAGAUACUAAAAUAAUUGAUAGUCAGGAGAGAGAAUAGGUUUUAAACGUAUAGACUUGAAAGAUAUUGUCAAAUGAAGUGAUAAGUAUACACUCAAUCAUGCUAAUGAAAGUAUUACAUCCUGUUGUAACAUCGAAUAACUAAAAAAACACGAUGAAAUACUCUUUAACCCAGUUUUAAGAUUGUAAGCAUUGUUAUAAUACAGGAAUGUUAGUGCAAACAUGCUGGCAUAAUCUUAAACCGAGCUUUAAGCUUGAAAGCAUUGUGAUAUUGAAUUAAUAUACAGGAGUGAAAACAGGAUGAUGUACUUUCGGGUCUUAAGCUUGCGUGAUAUAUGGCAAAUGUUCAUGGAUUUAGAUUAGAGUAGCCUUGUAGUUUAGUGAUCUAUAUUGGCUACAAUAUGUGGAAAUUUAUCGUUUGCUCCCCCAGUUUGCAAACUGAGUUAGUAGAUUGGUUCUCAGUGAUAUAGCAAACUGAGUUAGUAGAUUGCUUCUCAGUGAUAUAGCAAACUGAGUUAGUAGAUUGGUUCUCAGUGAUAUAGCAAACUGAGUUAGUAGAUUGGUUCUCAGUGAUAUAGCAAACUGAGUUAGUAGAUUGGUUCUCAGUGAU